AUGUCCGUACUCCCUCGCGGCAUCCGGGCGGUGCUCACCAAGUCACCAAACGACGUCGUCAUCCUAUCAUCCCUCCGAACUCCCAUAACCCGCUCCAACCGCGGCCAUCUUAAGGAUGCCUAUCCCGAGGAGCUCCUCGCCACCGUCCUCCGCGCCACCCUCGACGCGAACCCUUCCCUCCCGGCCUCCGCCGUCGAGGAUGUCGCCGUCGGCGUAGUCCUCUCCGAGCUGGGCGGUUCCAAGGCCGCCCGCGCCGCCCUGAACCACGUCGGCUACGACACGGCCAGCACGAGCCUGCACACCAUCAACCGCGCCUGCGCCAGUAGUCUGCAGGCCAUCGCGUCCACCGCCAACGCCAUCCGCGGCGACUUCAUCUCGGUCGGCGUGGCCGCGGGCAUGGAGAGCAUGACGCGCAACUACGGCAGCCGCGCCAUCCCCGUCGACAUGUGGCCCGCCCUCCGCUCCGAGACCGACACCGUCAAGGACGCCAGGGACUGCGUCAUGCCCAUGGGCCUGACCUCGGAGAACGUCGCGGCCCGCUACGGCGUCUCGCGCGCCGACCAGGACGCCAUGGCUGCCGAGUCGCACCGCCGCGCCGCCGCCGCCCAGGACGCCGGCCACUUCGACGCCGAGAUCGUCCCCGUCCGCACCCGCUUCCAGGAUGUCGACAAGGCCGGCAACCCCGUCGGGGAGAUCCAGGACGUGACAGUCACCCGGGACGACGGCGUCAGGAAGGGCGUCACGGUGGAGAAGCUCGCGACGCUCAAGCCGGCGUUCAAGGCCGACGGCACCAGCACGGCGGGCAACUCGUCGCAGGUGAGCGACGGCGCGGCGGCGACGCUGCUGCUGCGCCGGAGCACGGCCGAGAAGCUGGGCCUGACGGAUUCCAUCAUGGGCAAGUUCGUCGCCGCGAGCGUGGCCGGCUGCAAGCCCGACGAGAUGGGCGUCGGCCCGGCCAUCGCCAUCCCCAAACUGCUGGGUCAGCUCGGCUUGGAGAACAAGGACGUGCAGAGGUGGGAGAUCAACGAGGCCUUUGCCAGCCAGGCCCUCUACUGCCUGAGGGAGUUGGGGCUGGAGAAGGAGUGGGCCGAGGGCAGGGUCAACCCCGACGGUGGUGCCAUCGCCUUGGGUCACCCUCUGGGUGCCACAGGUGCCAGGAUGACGGCGACUCUGAUGCACGGUCUCAAGAGGGACGGUGGUGAGGUGGGUGUCGUCAGCAUGUGCAUAGGCACCGGAAUGGGGAUGGCCGGACUGUUUGUGAGGGAAUGA